AUUCAGUAAACAUGAAAUUCGAUCUUUUAACUUCGCAGAAAAUGUUUAUUUACAAAAUAAUUAUUAUUUGUGGGUUUCUUUGUUCAAAAGCACUAUGUGGAGAUUACGACCUCAAAAUUUUCUCAGAUAGUCCAAUUGCAGAAGGAACUUCAAUAACAUUCAAUGUUACCGUUCUAAUUGAUGGAAAAAUCGCACCGAAAAAGGAUUAUCAAUAUCGGUGGAGAAGUUUCGAUGAUGAACAAGAAAAAUUUUUGAAAUCUUCUGAAUCGAAUGUAAAGUUUGUUGUUGACACCGAAAGAUUGAAACAUGGACAUUAUACAUUCGAAGUUGCAGUUGAUGAAUUCUAUAUCUUCAUGUACCUUGAGAAAGUAAAGAAAAGAGCAUCAUUUGAAGUCACCAACUACUUCAAUGGGCAAAUGCAAUUAAUUCAAAAUCCAAACAACACGAUAAGAGAGAACGGAUACGUUUCAAGUCAAUCUGAGACCAUUCACAAUAUCGUAAUCUCAGAUAAAGAUAAGAAAUUAUACGAAAAAGCUGCUUAUGUGAGAGUUUAUUGGUUCAUCGAUUGUCUUUAUGUUGGAAUGACAGACAAUCUGAAUUUCUCAAAUUGGUAUCGAACAGAAAAUGCAAAAUAUAAUGUUGAAGCGCUCUUAAUGUUGUCAUAUGAACCUCUACCGACUCCCACAACCAGCACCACCCCUAAACCCACUACCACAACCACCACCACAACGACAACAACAACCCCGAAAACUACAACAACAACGCCAACAACUACGACAUCAACAACUUCGACAUCAACUUCUACUUCGACGUCGACGUCAACUUCAACGUCGACCUCAACAUCAACAACAACAAAGAAACCAUCAGAAAGGAAGAGAAGGAAGCGAAGUGCUAAUGAAACAUCUUUGGAAUGGAAUGUUAAGACGUUAAUUGAAACGGGCUCUAUUAGUCCACUAAAUGUUGCGUAUGAAAAUAUGACAGAAGCGCCAGUCAUAACAACGACUGUGAUACCGAUGGAAGAGAGAAUUAAGAUGUUAGAGAAUAUUCAAGUUCCUUAUUUUGGCGUUUGUACAAAUAACACAAAAGUUAUAACGGAUCCGAAAAAGAUUUAUGGAUAUUACCAGCGAACAAUUACAGUAGAGAAUCCAGUAACUAAUGUGACAGUAGGAAAUAAUGCUUGGCUUAAGCACGGUGAUAUGUGUCAAUUGCUCAUCAAAUUUGGUGGAACUGCACCGUUUGAUUAUUGCACUAAAAUUGUUCGUAGCAAAAAUUCCACCGAAAUUGCAGAAGACAAUGAUGAAUGCAGUGAUUGGAAGACGAUCGAUGUCAAAGAAAUAAACUACAAACACUUCUUUUCGAAGUUAUCAAACUCUUAUAGUCUCUUUGUUUUUAUAAAAAAUGAAGUGUCAAUGAGUAAAACAACUAUCGGAGUUAAUUUUUACGAAGCUCAACCACGUUCACAAUUAUCAGUCGUAAUUGUUCCCGUCGUUUUCACAUUGAUGGCUGUUGUGUUAAUUGUUUUCGGCGUUGCGUAUUACGUUCAGAAUAGAAAUAGCUUUUUAGUCGAAGUUGCUGAUUUUAAUUUCGGUGAAACACAAUCUAUUGAUAGUUUGGAAUAUAAAUCGUUCUUACAGCGAUUACUUGACUCAAUUUCUGAUCUUUUUAUAAGACAAAAUUAUACCGAAGAUUCUGAUAGUCCCGGCCCUGAACCGUCUAAUCAAAAUUAUAGUCAAAGUUUUUCAGCAACAAAUCAACAGGAUGGCUCGGUUUUCAAUCAGUCAGGAUUCAAUCAAUCUCGAAUUAUGUCACCAAUAUUGGCAUCUUCUGAUUUUAAUAACUCUUAUCAAACUCAGCAGCACAAUUCGACUUUUCAAACAAAUCUUCCAGCUCCAAUGAACGGUUUCAAUAAUAAUUUGUGGGUGACAAUAUUCGGCUUUCCACAGACUGCAGUCUCGGCAAUCCUAGCUCACUUCUCUCAAUGUGGUUCAAUUCUUGAAAAAAUGUGCUCCAAUGGAAACUGGAUUCAUCUUAAAUUUUCAUCUCGUCUUGAAUGUGACAAAGCCCUUCUUUAUAAUGGAAAAAUAAUUUGCAACAAUUUGAUGAUUGGAGUGAUGCGAUGUACAGAUGAAUCAAUUAUUGAUAAAGAAAAUGAUAUGAAUCAACAACAGCGUGAAGUGAAUGUCAGUCGUAUUAGGUCACUUUCUCAAGCUGCAUAUAAAUCAGCACAAGAACCAACUGAAGUUAUUCUCAGUCCAAAUGCUCCGAAACGAACAACAGGAAUCAUCAAUAAAACUCUCGAUUUAUUUUUUGGAUGAAAUUCUAUAACUGCCGGAGUUUUAAAUAUCGGGCUUUUGCACGAUAUUUAUUGUUGGGGCCGACUUUCGGUAACAGACUUUUUUCUUUCAUUCGUCGCUGUCAUCUUCACCUGUAAAGUUAGAAUAAUACUUUUUCUCUCAAAACUUGAAACAAUGAAGUUAGUUGUUUUGCUUUUGUUUAUCGUUGGAUGCACUUUAGAAGCAUCUGCAGAUGGUGCAGGACCUAAAGUCACCGAUAUUGUUUUCUUUGACAUUGAAAUUGGUGGAAAACCAGCUGGUCGUAUUGAAAUAGGAUUAUUUGGAGGAACUGUUCCUAGAACUGCUGAGAAUUUCAAACAAUUGGCGACGAAGGCAGUAGGCGAAGGAUACAAAGGCAGCAAAUUCCACAGAGUCAUCAAAGAUUUCAUGAUUCAAGGCGGAGACUUCACACGAGGUGAUGGCACAGGCGGACGCUCAAUUUAUGGAGAGAAGUUUGAGGAUGAGAACUUCAAGUUGAAGCAUUAUGGAAGUGGAUGGGUGAGCAUGGCAAAUGCAGGUAAAGACACAAACGGAUCUCAAUUCUUUAUCACCACCAAACAAACGACAUGGCUUGAUGGACGUCACGUAGUUUUCGGAAAAAUUCUUAAAGGCAUGAACGUUGUUCGUAAAGUUGAAGGCACAAAAACAGAUAAUCGUGACAAACCUGUCGAUGAUGUUGUGAUUGCUGAUUGUGGAACAAUCGACGUUGCUGAACCUUUCAGCGUUGAAAAAGCUAAUUCCGAGGAAUAAAAUGUGAAAUAAAAUUUCUUUUGUUUUAGCAGCCAUCAGAUAACAAUUUUCAAACGUGGGCUUGUCUUCAACAUGAAAUUUUGAAACAAAAUAGAUUUAAUUAUUCGAAAUGUAAAAUUAAAUUGUUUUGCGAUCGAGAAAUAAAAAAAUCGAAAAAAAAAAUUUAAAGAA